AUGAAGCCGAAGGAUAAAAUGAAUCCGGAAAUAGCCGAAACUGUUGCAAGGCCAAACACUCAACAAGACAGUGUCAUCGCGUUUGAUACAAUGGACGUAAUGUUAUUGGACAGUCAAAGCUCCGGUCCAGUCGGUUCACACAUCGGCAGUCAACGAUCGAGUUUCUCCAGUACAGGAACCGUAAUAGCUCCGCAGUCACUAGCGGCAAUUCCGCUUGAUACGGGACACGCUUUCCGAGCUGAUCUCGGGCAUGGGCUGCAAAUAGAUACACGUGGGGCCACAGAAUUCUACCGCGUCGAUGACGAUAGCUAUAGACCCUUUACGAUUUACGGUGGAAGCGGUGAUGGCAAGGGUAAAAUCGCCACGCUACCCGCAUCCACAACGGGGUCGCUGAGCUCGAUAAUAACGACAUCGAUUGCAUCUUCCGAGCCGGACCGGGGCGAUCACCGUAGUGGCGGUGGUGGCGGUACCGGCUGCUCCGGAAGUCUGGCUGAUGAAGUCAGUGAAGGUGGACCUCUUGAGCAGAAAUGCGUUGCUGGAGGCGGCGGCAUUGUGGGCGUAAAUGGAGUAGGCACGGAUGAUGGAUCUGCCGGAGAUGGUGGAGCAGGUCGAGAGCAUGGUGCCGGCAUACGACAAGAGAAGUGGUGGUAUAUGACACUUCAAAUCGCCAUACCUUUCUUCAUUGCUGGUGUAGGCACUAUUGGAGCAGGAAUCAUCCUAGGUCAUGUCGAGGGAAGCACUCCGUUGGAUGUAGAUUUAGGAUUGAUCACUCUAAGAUAUUCGAACUGGAAAGUAUUCGUCCAUGUGUCGGAGUUAUUCAUUUUGGUGCCAUCGUUACUAGGACUGAAGGGUAACCUGGACAUGUGUCUGGCAUCACGUCUCUCAACACAAGCGAACCUCGGCAAUAUGUCGGGAAGGCGUGAAAUCUUUCAUAUGAUCCUGGGCAACAUAGCACUAGUGCAAGUGCAGGCAACGGUUGCUUCAUUCAUUGUGUCCAUGUUUGCUGUUGCAGUCGGAGCAAUUAUCAACGGGACUAUAAUCUUCGAUCACGUAAUGUUACUGACGGCCUCGGCCAUGUUCACUGCUACCAGCUCCUGCUUUGUGCUAGAUUUCGUUCUAGUGGCUGUGAUCCUUGUUUCAAGCCGAACGACAAUGAAUCCCGAUAACCUAGCAACACCACUAGCAGCGUCGAUUGGUGAUGUGGUAUCCAUAUCGUUGCUAGCCGGAAUGAGUACGCUAUUGUUUGAAAAUAUUGAUACACACCUGUGGGUUACGUUUGUAAUGGUGGCCGUUUAUGUGUUUUUGUUACCAUUUUGGAUGCUCCUCGUUUAUCGUAAUAAAUACACACGAUCCGUACUUUCAACGGGAUGGGUUCCCGUGCUAUCUGCACUGUUCAUUAGCGGAAUGGGUGGUCUGGUUCUGGACAAAGCCGUCGGUAUAUUCAAUGGGUUUGUUGUGUUCCAGCCAAUUAUUAACGGUAUCGGAGGAAACCUUGUAUCAGUACAGGCAAGCAAGAUAUCUACUAUGCUUCACCAGAGCUCCAUUAUCGGUAUUAUACCACCGCACGCCAACAUUUUUGAAUUGCCUUGGAAAGCUCUAUUUCACGGAGUUCCUUAUGCUAGAACCGCGCGAAUACUCAUUGCGAUGUCAAUUCCUGGCCAAGUGUUGUUUAUUUUUGUAGCGGAUUAUAUUCACAUGUCUAGCUCUACCAUUGGCGUUCCUUUUGUUCUAUCCUAUUUAUUCGUUAGCACUCUGCAGGUUAUGCUGCUGUUAUACAUCGCUCAUGUGAUUAUCCACUUGAUGUGGAAAUGGAAGAUCGAUCCAGACAACUCGGCAAUUCCUUACCUGACUGCACUGGGUGACUUGUUUGGUUCAAGUUUCCUGAUGCUUGCCUUCCUAUUCCUGCGUUCAAUAGGUCACCCGUACGGUGAAUCGUCGAGCGAAACUGUCGAUGGAUUUGGACUACUAUCUACGCCUGAGAUGACUACCAUUAGCGGAGGUACAUUGACAGAUCUAAUACAUGAUAGCAGUGGCACAUAG